AAUUGGUGAUGGCUACUGGUGUUGGUGGACAAAUAAAAGAUGGUGGAUUAUGCUAAUGUGUUUUUAGGUAAUAGAUGUACAUCUUUACAUAUUGUGUCUUCCCUGUAAAACAUUUUAAAAAUCGGACAUGUUGACUGGAUUCACAAGAUCUGUGUCUUUCAUUAGCUGUAUUGGACUUUAAUGUGUGAAAGUUAAAUAUUUAAAAAAAAUAUUUUUUUUGAAUUUCGCGGCACUGGUUUUUCAGUGGGGGGGGGGGGUGUGCCGCUAGCGGCACGCUGAUCCUAGACAGGUUUUAAACCUUUUUUUGUAAUAACAUAGUAUAUGAGAUUGAUUUUCAGAAAUUUGGCUUAAUAUUAUGGUGUUUCUAUUCAGAGAAAAAUGAAACCAUCAGGGUUUCCGUUAGGAUGGGAAUGAAACAUAUGGCGCUGUACAACGGGAGGAAGGAGUAGGCUAUCCUUGUAAAUAAGAAUUUGUUCUUAACUGACUUGCCUAGUUAAAUAAAGGUUACACUAAGAGCAUAACAUUUCUGCACCCUAGUUUUCUAAUUCUUGUCUAACCAAUACCCAAACGGAUAUUAAGUGAAAAUAAAAAUCUAAUUGACUAAUCAAGACCAGUCCCCAUGCUUGCCUCAGAGCAGCGGGAAACGGUGCUAAAAUAGUUGUAGGCUUUGGCUUCUAACUUCAAUAUGUUCUUUAAAUAAAUAAGACCUACACCAUUUUUAACAGCACAUUACUCAACACUAGUGAGACUCAUUUUGCCUAUGGUAGGCCUACAGUAUAUCGGAAAAUAAUAAUAAUUAAAUGAUGUGACUCUCCGCCAAUUACAUUUAGAGGACUGGAGGACUCUAAAUUAAUAGCUAAGGGCCAUUUUCCGUUUGAUAUUCUCACAGAUCCUAAGGGGAUUUUAUAUAAUUCUAAAUUAAUUAAUAAUAAUAAUAAAAUCAACAUGUUGGAGAUUUUGUUUACAUUUAACAUUUAAAAGGCAAUUCUUGAACAUGGGGUGAGACAUUCUCACUAAUUUGUAAAUAAAGCCAGUUUGUUAUUUAGAAUUAUUAAUUUCUAAAGGAACCUAACUUGAUUAUUUAGCAGACAUCACUUGCUUAUAUUCAUGAAGAUGAUGAGCGAUUGCAAAGGCAAUCUGUAAUCUGCUGGCAUCACGGCACAACAUCAACAUCGCUCUAAUUACAGCCAGAAGACAGUUGAAGAAACUUGCGAGGACUUAUGGAAAGGCUCGGUAAGAAAUUAUAUAUAUAUUAUUUUUUUAAAAUCAUCAUAACAUUACCUAUGUGUGUUCGCUUGUUUUGUACUGUUCUGGAGUUUCGACCCAAUGAUUCAUCUGACAAACAAAGAACUUUGUGUCCUGCAGGCCCAGGCAUGGAUCAAAACUGGUGAGACAUUCAAUAACGUCAUCUUCACAGACGAAUCAACCGUGGCCCUUGAGCAAUUUGCUCAAAAUUGCUACAGAAACAAAGGAAGAAGAUCAAGCAAGCUGAGUCCCAAGCAUCCACUUAAACUCCAUGUGUGGGGGGCCAUGUCUCGCCAGGGACCUGGCCCAUAUUUGAUUUUUGAUGGUAUCAUGGCUCAAGAAUUCUUUGAGGAAGAAAUCAUCAAGAGAUAUGCUGGACCCUAUGUCAGAAAGGUGUUUCUGGGUACACAUCGUUUCUUUCAAGUGUUGCUUCGGGGGGAGGUGGCCCAGCUCCAGGAGGAGGUGCACCUGCUCAGACAGAUGAAGGAUAUGUUGAGUAAGGACCUGGAGGAAGGCCAAGGAAGCUGCUCUGCUGACGUGCUCUCAGCCACCGAACUCCGCGUGCAGCUGGCCCAGAAGGAGCAGGAACUGGACCAUGCUAAGGAGGUACUGCAGGCGAUGAAGGCGGACCGGAAGCAUUUGAAGGCGGAGAAAGCAGAUCUCGUCAACCAGAUGCAGCAGCUCUAUGCCACGCUAGAGAGCCGAGAGGAGCAGUUAAGGGACUUCAUCCGCAACUACGAACAGCACAGAAAAGAGAGUGAGGAUGCAGUGAAGGCGCUGGCUAAGGAGAAGGACCUGUUGGAAAGGGAGAAGUGGGACCUGCGGCGGCAGACCAAGGAAUCCACAGAGCAUGCCGGCGCCCUGCGCUCCCAACUGGACCUGAAGGAGAACAGGAUCAAGGAGCUGGAAGCAGAGUUGGCCAUGGCAAAGCAGUCCUUAGUGACCCUGACCAAGGAUGUGCCUAAGCGGCACUCUCUGGCCAUGCCCACUGAAGCGGUUGUCAACGGCAGCAACCAGGAGUGGGUGAUGCACGCGGACCUGCCCCUCACCGCAGCCAUCCGUCAGAGUCAGCACACCCUCUACCACAUCCACACAUGCCACCCCACCGACAGGCAAGUGGCUGCGGUCAGGGUGAGCCCGUGUCACUCCCGCCAGCCCUUCAUUAUCUCAGACGCCUCGGCCAUGGAGGGUGACAGCUCAUCCACCCCCAGUGACAUAAAUUCCCCUCGCCACAGGACACACUCCCUCUGCAAUUCACUAGAGGAUCUGGAGGACCAGAAGCGUAAGAAGAAGAAAGAGAAGAUGGGCCUGGGUUCUCUGUCACGUGUCUUCGCCCGGGGAAAGCAGCGCAAGUCAAUGGAACCGGGUCUGUUUGAUGACUCAGACAGUAUCUCAAGCCCCACUCGCCUCAGUCUCAGCCUUUCUGAUGGGGAGGAUCAGCUGGACCGCCUCCAGCAGGUGGAGCUUGCCCGGGGUAUACCCAUGUCGCUGUGGAGGGCAAGCAGCAAGCAGGUGGAGCUUGCCCGUCCCAUGGCGAUGCCCAUGUACAUUCUCGGCUGCUCGGAGAAUGUGAAGAGUGGCAAGGUGCUGCUGGGCCUGUCAGAUGAGGACCUGGAGCUUGGGUUAGGGGUCACCAGCUCCAUGCACCGCAGGAAGCUCCGGCUGGCCAUCAAAGACUACAGGGACGCCGAAAACGGCAGGGGGCUGUCAAAGGCUGCAGACAUGGACCACCACUGGGUGGCCAAGGCCUGGCUGAUCGACGUGGGGCUUCCACAGUACUCGCAGGCCUUCCACACACACCUGGUGGACGGGUGCAUGCUCAACUCUCUGACACAACGUGAUCUGGAGAGGUCCCUCAACGUCACCAAGAAGGCCCACCAGGUCAGCCUGCUGCUGGGCAUCGAGCUGCUGCACACGCUCAACUUUGACAAGGAGUCUUUGACUGAACACCAGGAGGGCCUACAUUUUGGGGAAAAUGCGCAGUACAGGCACAAGUGGGGUGUCCCCGAACCCCCCUGUUGCCAGAAACCACAACAACAGUCCUGGAAACUCGGGUUCCCAGUAUGCCUUGUGUGCCCUGGGGGUGGGACUGGUGGCCCUGGGCAUCGUCAUGAUUGUGUGGAGUGUGGUGCCCUCCGACACGGCCGGGAACAACAGCGGUGGCACCGGAGGAGGGAACCCCAAACCAGACAACAGGGGCAGGGCUUCGUCGGUGGCCUUUGUGCUGGUCGGGGCUGGGGUGGUCAUGCUCAUGCUGUCCCUGUGCCUGGGGAUGAGGAACAAGCAGCGGGAGCAGCGAGUGCUUCAAGAGGCCCAGACUCUGGGGGCAGACAACGUAGCUGCCAGCGAGGAGGACGGAGAGACGGCCGAGGAGCGAACCCAGAGGUACACCGUGCCCAGCUACGAGGAGGCAGUGGGCAGCGGCCAGUACCCCAUACGCCAGAGCCACCUGCGCCACAGCUCCUCCCAGCUUCCCUCCUACGAUGACUUGGUGGACGGUGUGCAGAUAGAGGUCGAAGGGUCAGAGGUCACCCAGAUGACAGCCACUUCCGCUAACCCUGCCUCCUCUGCUACUGC